AUGAGCUUGGAAAUCACCGAGGCACAGACAUCCACCGGGGAAGGGACCGCUGUCUACGAGCCUUUCCAGGUUAUUGGCCUGGACCAGGUCUCGGACGUUGAUAUCCGCGUCCGCGUCACCGGUGGUGGUCACACCUCGCAAGUUUACGCCGUCCGCCAAGCCAUCGCCAAAUCGAUCGUUGCCUACUACCAAAAGUAUGUUGAUGAGCACAGCAAGAACCUGCUCGAGCAGACCCUGACACAGUACGACCGCACCUUGCUGGUCGCCGAUGACCGCUAUCUUCUCCGCCGCCACCUAUCCUUCGCCCAGCCGCAAUCAAGGUAA